GGGGGGGGGGGUUAUGCAUUUAUUGGGUGCGUAUUAGUGAACAGCCGGACCCCAAAUGAGUAUCCCGGCCUUGGAAAAAAAAGAAAAAAUUAUUUCUGACCUGGUACCAACUUGAGAUAUGUGUAUCACAUAAUACACAUUCCUCAAAUGCGUAUCAAGCGAGUAAAAGUGGUCAAUUUUUUGAGAAUUGGUAUUCUUGUCAUUUAAUUAUAGAUAUUCGGUAUUUCCAUCCUUCACUUUGUAUCAAUAUACUAUAAGAAUUUUAAAUAUCUGGGUUUUGACUUUUGAUUUAGAUUGUCAUGUUUCUGAAUUUGUAUGUUUUAUUAAUAUUGCUGGAGUUUUUUCCAUAAUCUGAUUGUUUUAAAUUUCCUUAGUUUAUUUGGCAUUAAUAGUUGCAUUCUUUUUCAUUGUUAAGCAAGGCUACCUAGAAUACUGAAAAGCAUACUGGAUAUCUUGUGUAUGGUGGUGUUUCUUCCGUAGUCUAGCAUGUCUCGUGCAUUAUAUUAUCUCCGGUUCUCCCGAAACAUGUCGCUGUGGUCAAUGAAGAAAGAUCCAGAUCUUGAAUCAGCUUUAUCACGAAAUCGACGAUGGAUAGUAAACAAUCAGAUCAAGAACAUAAUAUUACGAUGUCCUAACCAGGUGGCAUCAGUUAAGCUCCUUCAGAAAAAAUUCAAGACUCUGGAUCUUCAGGGAAAAGCUCUGAAUUGGCUAAAGAAGUACCCCUGUUGCUUCGAUGUUUAUCUAGAAAAUGAUGAACUUUAUUGCCAGUUGACAAAACGAAUGAUGUUUCUGGUAGAAGAGGAGGAAUCUGUCAAAGAUAUGCAGGAAGGAGUCUAUGUGGAGCGUCUAGCGAAGUUGUUGAUGUUGAGCGUAAAUCAGAGGCUUAGUGUCCUAAAAUUGAAUGUAUUGAGAAGAAAUUUUGGUCUUCCAGAUGAUUAUAUAAUCAGAAUUAUACCCAAGUUUCCUGAACUAUUUCGAGUUGUUAAUUAUAGUGGCAGACGGAGUUCGAUGGAGAUUGAGCUUUUAUCUUGGAAUCCUAAACUAGCAAUUUCUGCAAUUGAAACUUCCUCUGAAAGACAGGGUAUGGUGCCUUCUUAUUCAUGUUCAUUGCCCUCUUCAUGGGUCAAGUCUUGGGAAAGGUUUCAUGAAUUUAAUUCAACCCCAUAUAUUUCACCUUAUUCAGAUACCGGUGGUUUAGUGGAGGGAUCAAAAGAAAUGGAUAAGAGAACGGUAGGUUUGGUUCAUGAAAUCCUCUCACUGACUUUGUGGAAAAAAAUAUCAAUUAUAAAGCUAGGUCAUUUCAAAAGAGAAUUCUGCUUACCGGAGAAAUUAAAUGGUCUGCUAUUAAAGCAUCCAGGUAUAUUCUAUGUGUCGAACAGAUAUCAGAUUUACACAGUUCUUCUUCGAAAUGAAUAUAAAGGGUCAGAAUUGAUUGACAAGGACCCUCUUGUAGUUGUGAAGGACAAAUUUGGAGAAUUGAUGCAGGAGGGACUCCAUGAGUACAACCGGAGGCACUAUUUUCAGAAUUUAGAAAAAAAUAGGAAAAAGGGGAUAAUUCCUGUGAAACCUGAGAAAAGGAUUGAGAAAAUUAGCGAGAUGACUGAACAGAACGAUCAAGGAGGUGAUCUAGGUGGUAUCUUGGACCCAGAAGAAAGAAAGCGGUUUUAUAGAGUUCUUUUUGAUGAUACAUGUCCAUAGCCAGUGGUGAGUACAAGAAAAUAGGGGAGAUAUUCUAUCAUUGUUAUGUUCUGUUGGCAACUUUGGAACUUGGCACAUGGGCACUUCUUUAGGCUUGUAAUAAGACAAUCUCAAGGAGUUGUAGCUAGAUUGUCUUUCUCUAUGCAUUUUUUGUUUCCUUGUUGCGGCAAGACAUGCUGAUGCUUCUUGCUUACCACAUCACUAUUGGCGAGUACGGGAUCUUCCUGAUUCUAGUCAACUGAUCUGAUGUUGAGUAGGUGUUUUAUUAAAAAAUCUAGGAUAUGAUGUGUACAAAAACUGAAAGCGGUAUAACUAGCAUCAGGGCAAAAAUUAAUGUCAGAUACUCAAAAAGAGAGGACACACAAGCACGAAUUUCCACCACCAUAUGCUUCUGAACCAUUGGAUGGAGUUGAGACAAUAAAGAAUGCUUUAUAUGUCAAUGGCGUCCUGGACAUUGCUAUCACCAUACUUACCUGGCUUGCCAGCUAUUGUACGGUUGUGCAGUCGCACAUGGUGAACCAGGUGACAAAUAAAUUACUCGAAAAGAAAAUAGUGGAGAACAGUAAUGAACAAGAUUCAAUUCAGGUGAGCUUGACCUUAUACAUGUAUAUAAUAGUACAAAUUUUUGCCUACUCUUUGCUAUUAUUCACCUACUUCACAACGAUGGUCAGCAUGAGUCGGCACUGUUGUUGCACAUAUAAUGUAGAACAAUUGAAGCUACAUUACAUUGGAUUGGCACUCCGCAAUACAGUAUUACCUUUGUAUAUUUACUAUUAUCUAUAUCAGGAAAUGAAUUUUAAAGGACAACACAGUAACACCCAGGUAUAAGAUCAUUAUAAAUUCGUUUUUCUGCUGUUGCUCACAAUUUCCUGUCCAGAAAAAGAUAAAAAAAAAUCCUCCCCACUGCUCCUCUUUCUGUUGCUGUUAGUCCCUACCAAGUACCAAUCUCACCAUCUUAACUUACAGAAAUUACUCUGUCAUUCUGUUUCCAAGGAUAAGGUAUGUCUAUAUGUAUCUAUAAUAUACAUAUGCUUGUGUUUGUUUUCUUCAUUAAUCUAUCUUCUCACAUUUAAAUUUUCUCUAAAAAUUAGGGAUUCUCAUAGCCAUGAUUAAUUACCUGUAUUUUUUAGGAGUUUUUGUUUCAUGUAUCUGCAUCUCUGUAUGUUUAUAAAUAUACAAAUUGGCUUGUAUUCUGGACUUUUUUUUAUUUAUAUUGGACGUGUCUAGGAAGGUUAAUGAAUUAAGUCAAUUAAAAGAUCUACCGACACAGGUGUGUGCCUUUUUCAUUUUCUAAUUAUUUUGGGAUUUCAUCACUUUUUAAAUAUCUGAUUAGUAAACAAUGAUUGACUUUCUAGUUAAUAUCAAAUCUUGCAGGACCACUGUUUUUACCACUAAAAGUUUAAACUUUUAUCUUCUCUGAUCAACAGCUUCCGUCCUUCCUUGAUAGACGAAGCACUAAAGAUGUACUAGGAUGUAAUGAACGAGAAGUUUAUGUUCAUGCAUCACUGGAAUGCAUAGCGGUUUGCACCAAAGUAUCAAGCUAGUAUGGACAAAAAAAAGGCAGCUAAGGACAGAGAUGCGUCUUCACAGUCUAUCUACAGUCAAGUUCCUGCAAGCCUAGAAUCUGAUGAGAGGAUGGAACGACCAAUUGAAAGGAAAGCUGCAAAGAAGUUAAAAAGAGCAGCAAAUGAAGCAACGAAUGAGGAAAGUUUGGAACUUCUUAAAACAAGGCAGAAAGAUGCAUUGGCGAUUGCUUCUUCAAGGAGUGAAUUGGCUAACAUGAGCUUGCACUUACAAAAGGAAAUGCAUUGGCUGCAUUGGCUAUUGCUUCUUCAAGGAGUGAAUCGGUUUACAUGAGCUUGCAAUUACAAAAGGAAAUAAUGAAAAGUCCAAAGGAGGAACUAAAGCUCGGGUUAGCGAAAGAGGAGAGGGAAAGACAGGAGCGGGAAAAGCAGGUUUACGAAGCGUCUUUCAUGACAAUGAACCCCAGUAAGAUGCUACUGGAUCAAGCAAAAUAUCAUGAUUCUCUUUAAGCUGGGAUCAUGAAAUUUUUUAUUUCUUAUGUGUGUACCUGCCUCUAAUUUGCGACUACUGUGUACAAGACUUUUAAUUUUAUCAUUUUAAUUUGUAUAG